AAUCCUCACUGUAAUAAAUUCUCAACGUUUGAAGUCAGUGACGAAAUUAAACAUUCCGACAUUCCGUUCAAUUUGUUAUUUUUCAUCGGCCGCACAAAUAGUGCUCGCUUUUUAUUUUUAUUUCGUGCAUCUCUCUUUUUUCUCUUUUUUUGUUAACGUCAUUUGAUUCAAUUAUUUUUCUUUUCUACUCUUAAGUUUUCUUUAACCUUGCAUAAAUAACAGAGUAAAAAAGGACAAUGCAGCUCGCCUUCGUUUCACCAGGAUGUGCACUCUGUUGCCAGGUUCUCUCAGUAUUCGGCAUAGUAUUCCUGGUCAUUCUGGGCUUUCUAUUCACAGCCGAGGUGAAGGAGCUGACAGGCUCGACAGAAGACCCAGUUAACCCGAAGGAGGUCGGACACGCGUGCUUCGUCGCCGCCGCCAUUUACGCCGCUUUCUUCUUGUGCUGCUCGUGUCAGCAGAUGGUUCGUCAGAGCGACAUACGGCGAGCAAGACGUCUCUGAGAAUAUAUCGACAUACAGACAUACAAACCCACAUGGUAGCAUUAGCUGCUGUACAUGUUUGUUUAUUUCUUUUAUUGGAAAUGUGGUAUGGGCUCAGCUCCGACGUUACCCGCCAGACUCUCGUAACCCUUGUCCCCUUUUCUCUUCAUACAUUUUUAAUCAAAAUUGUGUUUCAUUCAUUU